AUGUCCAGAUUCCGCUCGCAACGCAAGAAAAACGCUCGCUCUAUCGCUUCAGAGGACCCCUGGAGGGUCGAUACCCCCUUCGGCCCUCCACGGAUGUCCUCCUUCCGCGGCGGUGGCAUUCAACGAAUCCGCAAUACACUUUCCAGGUUGUCACCCUCCGCACGAGCGGAGAGAGAACUCCUGAAACAGAAGAGCCAAUACAAAAUCCCCUUGACGGAAAGGAAUAUCGACACGCUGGUCACCAACCAGCUCUUCUCCGACUCUGACUCUCAUCGCUCUCUUGGCGUCGACGCCAUCGCCCGAUAUGCCGCGCCAGGUAUGCAAGUCUAUCCCCCCUGCCGCAACGCAACGCAACAGCAACAACCUAGCAAAGAAUCUCAGACAGCUUGA